AUGCCCCUCGCCGCCGUCGGCCAAUUCUGCGCCACCUCCUCCCUCUCCGCCAACCUCGCCGCCUGCACGCACCUCCUCCGUCUCGCCCGCGACCGCGGCGCAUCAGCUCUCUUUCUUCCCGAAGCUUCCGACUACAUCGCGACCUCUCCCUCCGAAUCACUAUCCCUCUGUCAGCCCGUCACCACCUCCCCCUUCGUCCUCGGCCUGCAAGCCGAAGCCAAGAAGCUCGCUCUCCCCAUCAACGUCGGUAUCCAUGAGCCCUGCCCCACAAGCGCAGAGAAGAUCCGCAACAUGAGCGUCUGGAUCGACGCCAACGGCAACAUCACGCAGCGCUACCAGAAGGUGCACACGUUUGACGUCUUCAUCGCCGGUGGCCCGCAAAUGCAGGAGAGCAAGACCACAGAGCCCGGCAGCGCCUUGAUGCCGCCGUUCCAGACUCCGGUGGGGAAGGUGGGGUUACUGGUGUGCUUUGACCUACGGUUCCCUGAGCCUUCGCUGGCGCUGCGGAGAAAUGGGGCUGAGGUGGUGACGUAUCCGUCCGCGUUCACGGUGCCGACGGGGCAGGCGCAUUGGGAGGUGUUGUUGCGCGCACGGGCGAUAGAGACGCAGGCGUAUGUUGUUGCGGCGGCGCAGAUUGGGCGGCAUAGUGAAGGGAGGGCGAGUUAUGGGCAGUCGAUGAUUGUGGAUCCGUGGGGGAGGAUUGUGGCGCAGUGCCGGAAGGUUGAGGUGGGGGAGGAGCCGAGAACGGCGGGGGAGGUGGAGCCGGAGAUUUGUGUGGCGGAGGUGGAUCUGGGGAUGUUGGAGAAGAUGAGGAAGGAGGUCCCGUUGAAGAGGAGGUUCGACGUGUAUCCAGAGGUUUGA